AUGGCGUCGGUGAAGAACACAUACCAAGAACUACAAAAUUCCGCUAAAGUUAUAAAAGCAGCGAAACCCAGGUCAAGGAAAUGCAGCAAGGCUGGUGAUUUUGGCGAUAUCACAAACUGGCCAACACCAAGCGAAAUAGCAAACAAUGAAUGUAAGACUGUAAGUCACAGUAAGAAGCCAACAAAUAGAAGAGAAAAGGAGGAGAAAUCUGAUCAAAAAAGCAAUAAUGGAAUCAAGGACAACCCAGAGGCAAAGCCAGAUGGGCCAGGAGAUAAUAUUAGUGAAGAUGAAGCUCAAACUAAUAACCAAAGGAAAAAAGGUAACAAGCAGAAAUGGGUCCCACUUCACUUGGAUGAUGUAAGGUCAGACAGUCAAGAAAGACCAGGCUCUCGAACUAGCUCAAGAUUUCUGCUGGAAACAAACAAGUUAAUACCUCAUAACAACAGACGGAAUGAGUCAAGAAAUUGGCGUCGUGAUAGAGAAAAGAGAGAUGAUCAUGACGAAGUGUGCAGCGUGAGAAGUGACAGUAGCAGUGUUCGAGGGUUCUCCAGAGGCCGAGGAAGAGGCCGAGGCCGAGGAAGAGGCCGAGGCCGAGGAAACCCUAGAAUGAACUUUGAAUAUUCGGUUGGUUAUCAAGAACUGUAUGGUGAAGGAACUGACCAAGUAUUUCAACCUGAGCUUAAUGCUAGUGUGAUGUAUUACUAUGGUGAUGGAACAGGAGUGCAGAUGUAUCCUGUGGAUGAAGCACUUCUCAAAGAAUAUAUAAAACAUCAAAUUGAGUAUUAUUUCAGCACAGAAAAUUUGGAAAGAGACUUCUUUCUGAGGAGAAAGAUGGACCAACAAGGAUUUCUGCCUGUUUCAUUGAUUGCUAGCUUCCGUCGGAUGCAAGCUCUGACUACAAAUGCUGCACUCAUUUUGGAGGCCCUGAAGGACAGUACAGAAGUUGAAACUGUGGAUCACAGGAUAAGAAAAAGGGUUGAUCCAGAAAAGUGGCCAAUUCCAGGUCCUCCUCCAUGCAGUCUGCCACCGACUGACUUUUCUCAGCUUGUCAAUUGUCCAGAAUUCAUACCAGGCCAAAUUUUUGGCUCACAUACUGAGUCUGCACCGAGUUCUCCAAGAAUGGGAAGCCUGCUGAGUCCAAAGGAAAACACUGAAACGGGUAAUUUUCAGACAAUGUCUAAAGGAUUGUCUACAAGUUUGCCUGAUUUGGACUCUGAACCUUGGAUAGAAGUGAAGAAGAGGCAUCGUGCAUCCACAGUCAAACUAAAGGAAAGUGUUCCUAUAGCUGUUCAAACCUCAGAUCAACAGCAGCCACCCCCACCUCCAGAGGAACAAGAACAAGAAGAACUUGAUUUUUUGUUUGACGAAGAGAUGGAACAAAUUCAAGGUCGGAAGAAUAAAUUUACUGAAUGGUCAGACAGCGAUUCCGAUUAUGAAAUUGAUGAUCAGGACAUAAACAAGAUUUUGAUUGUAACACAGACACCACCACAUAUGAGAAAACAUCCUGGUGGAGAUCGUACUGGCAACCAUGUAUGCCGUGCAAAAAUUACGUCAGAGCUUGCUAAAGUUAUUAAUGAUGGCUUAUACUAUUAUGAACAGGAUUUGUGGAUGGAGCAGAGUGAAGAUGACACUAUGAUGAAGCAAGAGAUUGAGAACUUUAAGAAGCUAAAUCUCAUUAGUAAGGAAGAAUUUGAUAAUCUUGCACCAGAACUAAUUGCUGAUCCAACCCAAGAAGUUCCUCCAGGGUUACAGAAAGAUUUAGCAGAGGAGCUAGCUUGUAAUUUGUUAAAUAUUGAAGUACCUCCAACAGCAGCAAUAGCGCGAUCGCUGCCAACAGCCGUUCCAGAUUCCCCCUGUGUUCGCCCUGGCUUCACCCCGCAAACACCUCGCACCCCGAGGCUACAGGAUCCCAAUAAAACACCCAGGUUCUACCCUGUUGUUAAGGAAGCACGAUCCAUUGAUGUAAAGACUCCAAGAAAAAGAAAAACACGACACAGUACAAAUCCUCCCUUAGAAUGCCACGUUGGUUGGGUGAUGGAUUCCAGAGACCACAGGCCAAGAACUUCCUCUGUGAGCAGUUCCAAUGCUUCGCCUUCAGAAGGAGCUCCACUAGCAGGAAGUUAUGGGUGUACCCCAAAUUCUCUUCCAAAAUUUCAGCAUCCUUCUCAUGAACUGUUAAAGGAAAAUGGCUUUACUCAACAGGUGUACCACAAAUAUCGCCAAAGGUGUCUAACGGAGAGGAAACGGUUGGGAAUCGGCCAGUCCCAAGAAAUGAACACACUUUUUCGUUUCUGGUCCUUUUUUCUGAGAGAUCACUUUAACAAGAAAAUGUAUGAAGAAUUCAAACAACUUGCUCUAGAUGAUGCAAAAGAACACUACAGGUACGGAUUGGAAUGCUUGUUUAGAUUUUACAGCUAUGGCCUAGAAAAGAAAUUCAGGCAAGAAAUAUUCAAGGAUUUCCAAGAAGAAACAAAGAGAGACUAUGAAGCUGGUCAGCUAUACGGACUGGAAAAAUUUUGGGCUUAUCUAAAAUACUCUCAGCACAAGACUCCAGCCAUUGACCCCAAACUGCAAGAAUACCUUAGUAAAUUUACGAGACUGGAGGACUUCAGAGUGGAUCCUCCUAUUAGUGAAGAAUCUGGCAGAAAGAGACCGGUUGCUGCAACAGGUGAGGAUUCAGGUCGUCGCAGACAUCACUCUAAUUCUUCUAAAACACUUCUUGCCGCUAAACCCACGGCUGCCUGUCAGUCCCAGGCACUGGGAGACGUUACCGGUGGGAAUACCGCGCAAGCCUCCGUAGGCCAUAGCAGUGCUGCCACAAAAUCUAUAGAAAGCGAUGUACCAGAAAAAUAG